AUGCUACAAAUACUCGCGCUCCUCGGCCUGGGCCUUGCAAGCUAUGCGCAGGCGCAUGGCGGUCACGAACAACAGCCAAUUCCAGCGGACGCGGAUUGGGCAACUCGACAUAUGGCUGAAGAGCACCACAUAACGUCGUUCGACUCAGGCUCCUUCUUCAAUCUCCACGACUACGACAGCAGCAAUGAAUGGACGCCGGAAGACCUCCUCAAAACCUACGGCCUCAAAGACCCCAGCACGAACCACAUCCCGCAAGAAGAGAAGAUGAAGGCCGUUGAGAAGGUGAUCUCGCUCUUCGACAGGGACGCGAGCGGCACCAUUUCGUUCGCAGAAUACACGAUUGGCGAAGCACAGGGGAUCAAGCUGCCAGACCUUGGCUACGGCCCCGGACAUCAUGGCGACGAUGAGUAUGAGUACGAGAUUCACCAUUUCGAAAAGUACCACGAUGAGAACACCAAGGAGGAAGAUCUGAUCCACCCGGAAGACAUUGAGCAUUUUCGGAUGCAUGAGCAGAUGGAGAUGCGGCAGGAAGCGCAAGAAGCAAUGGACCGGAUGCCUAUCGUCGAAGCCAACAUACCUAGCAAAUUUCGUCGCCAUGGCUGA